GAACGCUUAAGACAUUCCGGCGACUGUGCGUCCUAGGACCAUUGAAACCGGCAAACUUUAGUGCAAAAGAAUCAAUGGACAAGAUAAGACGCUCGUUUGCAUAUCACUUAAAAUUCGGCCAGUGCUAAAUGGCCUUUUUACGAUUAAAAGAGACUCCUUGGUAGUUCAACUGGCUCCGGGCGCACAUUUGUCUAUGGUUGUCGAAGUCUGGCUGAUCUACUACCUGGCAAGGAUAUGUUCAUUGAAAUCAGUGCGUAAUCUUCAUUUAAAUAGAGAAGAUUACAUACUUUUGCUCAAUUCAAAAAGCGAACGUAAUUUUCUUUAUUCUCGCUAGUCAUGUAGGCGCCGUAAAGACGGCUUACUCCCAAGAUAUUCUUUAUUCAAAAGUCUUAUCAAUUCGCUUGAAUAACGCAAAGAUUAUUAUCCGUGCAAUAUUUCUAUGAGCUUAAAUCUUGCUCUCUAGUAUACUGUUUACAUAUAAGUGAAUUCUUGCCAGUUCUCUUGGAGCAAAAAUAUGCUUGCAAAUGGCUUCCUGAACUUGGCCGAAAAAGGAUUUUUUAAAGUGAUUGUGGUAUAUAUCACAAUGCAAGAACAAUGGCACGUCAUGAUAAAUGGGCAUAAAAGCCUGUGAAGUUGGCGCUAGCAGCUCGAAUUUGGAAAUCGUCUCUUGUUUAAGUGUAUUUACUAGGAGUAUCAAAAGAGAGUGUGCAUCGAAACAAGUUGAACGCAAGUCUGCAGCGGUUGGCGCAGAAGUUGAUUUGGGAAAGGGUCGUAUGAGGCAGCGUCAAAAUGUCACGGAGUCUCCGGAACCAAAUCGUGUGUCGCCAGUCAGCGUAUAGUUUCUCCACCCAUCGUGUGACGCGAAAACACGCUCUUGUCACGGCUACAAGUGUCUGGAUACGCUCGACUCAAGUACAAACACACUGCUAAUCCGCCAAUACCUCCUGAAUACCACCAAGAGCGUUACUUAGAAUGCACGGUAUUCUACCAACCUUUAGAACUGCCCCAAGCCCUGGCUACUACAUCUUUAUAGGAGUAAUCGCCGUCCUUGUAUCCAGGGUGAAAUGCGAGGCGUUGCGCGGGAGUUUAGCGCGAUGCUCUACAGAGAAUGCUAUUGUGAGGUUACCGAUCUUGUCCGGUAACCCGUGUAUCGUCUGCCGAUGUAAGGAUAACCAAGUGGUCUGCACUCGGCUUCACUGCCCUACGAUUGAAUGUUCGGGAAGUCUGGUGCGCAUGCGUGGGCGAUGUUGCCCUUCUUGUGUCAAGACCAAGAAGAAAGAGAAGCCCAUCACCGAGAAAAAAGAGUCAGUUUGUAUUCACCAGGACCAAAAAUAUUUGAAUGGCGCGUCAUGGUAUGAUCCUGGCUGCAAGUCCUGCAGGUGCGCGAACGGUUCUGUGAGUUGCCAGCUUCAGAAGUGCAACAGUCACUUAAAUUGCCCAAAGGGAAAGAAGCCUGGUUUUGUCCCUGGGGGUUGUUGCAUCGAGUGUGUAGAAGACAUGGGCAUCUGUACAUCGUACGGUGAUCCCCAUUAUCAAACCUUUGAUGGAAGAAUGUUCAAUUUCCAUGGCAACUGUCGCUAUCGCUUGGUUGCGGAUUGUCGUCAAGGCAACUUCAGUGUGCGACUUCGCAGUGAAAGGCAUCACAAUCAGGCUGUCGGAGAAGCUAAGUCCCUCGUCGUCCACAUAGGCUCUACAGUUAUUCACUUACAGAGAGGCCUUGUGGUAAAGGUAGACCGUAAAGAGGUGCAGCUACCCUAUCAACGGCUCCCUUCAUUGCAAAUCGACAGAAAAAAUUUCAUGAUCACUCUUCUAAGCGAAACCGGUGUCAAGAUCAUCUGGGAUGGCGAGAGCUACAUCGAGGUGCACGUGUCUCAUCGGUAUCGCGGCAACACUUGCGGGCUAUGCGGCAACUUUAAUGGAGUUCCCUCGGACGACUUUAUGAUGAAAAAUGGGCGAUACGCGAGGAGUGACCGAGAGUUUGGCAAGAGUUGGUCGCUAGGCGGACACCGUCGGCGCCCAUGUUUGCAAAGGGCCCCUUCUCCGCCCAUCGCCGAGCCUAUCAGCAAGUGUCGACGGAGUGCUCUCCACCAUUGGCGGGCCCGCAAGCGGUGUUGGCCAAUCAAGAGCCAGUUUUCCAACUGUCACCCUGUGGUAAAGCCCCAUAAGUACUACAAGGCGUGUAUAUCCGAGGUGUGCAAGUGCCUGGUCAAGCGAUGUGAGUGCGAGUCUUUGGUGACGUACGCGCGCGCCUGCAGACGGAUGGGUGUCAAUGUCAACUGGGGCAGGAAGAAAGCAUGCGGUGUGACGUGUAAAGGCGGCUCUAUGUUUGAUGAUUGCGUACCCGCGUGUAAACGUACUUGCGCCAAUAAAGGGGACCCCCCUCUUAGAGAAUGUACCACCAAGCGCUGUGUGGCUGGAUGUCAGUGCCCUGCCGGUCAAGUGUGGGAUGAGAACAGUAACAGAUGCAUCUUGACGUGGAUGUGUCCGCCUCCGAUCACCGAGCUGCAAGAAAGACGCUUGAGAACAAGACAGCAAGCACAUUAAGAACCCGCUAUCUAACCAUAUGAUAAAUAACCAUGUGAACGGAAAUGGUGGUAAACACGACCAAAGAAAUGUUUAGUGAACAUGCGCCUUGCGGUGCAGGGCCGAGACUAGAUGUUCACGAACGAGCCUGCAAAGACGUCUUCAAGCGCGGGAGUGAGAAAAGAAAAUCCGGUCACUCUUAUACGCCUCGAUCAUUCCGUGUGCGUCAAAGUAGCCCUUCACACAUUGUUGUAACAUAAAGUUUCACCAGGGAUCCCUAUUUAUAAAUGUACUUUAUUGCAAUAUGCACAAAUGUUCUUAAUAUUUGUAAUUAAUAUUAAUCCCACGCCAUAAAAUGUGUAAUUCAUGCCCGGGGACAUAAUCAAAUUCGGUGAAAUAAAUAUCGAUAAAUUUACAUCAUUUGUUGCGGCAUACGUACGGCACCAUCUACUAUUUAGCGUUUAAUCAUCCGUGCAAGAACUAGGUUAAGUCCCAUUGUCCUGCGGCAAACAGCUUCAUUAUAGCUUUCCCACAUAGGAUCUUUUUUAUACCAAACAUGCAUGCAGGACAUAUAGAAGAUAGUAAGAUUUUGAAGAAAUUGUGUGAAAUAUGUCCUUUGCUAUAUACCUUACAGGUGAUUUUCUGUGGUGAACCAAUCAAAAGAAGCCAGAACAAUUGCUGUUUGUUGUCUUAUAAGGUUCCCCACAUAAAAUUUACCUGAAAAGCUGGAUCAGACAUAGUAAUUAACCCUAUAACCAAAAUAUUUAAAAAAAUAUUAUGGAUCAUAUUAUGAAUCGUGUUAUUUGUAUCUUAUGCUAGAAUGUUUUGUCUUGGCCAAUCAAAUUUCUAGAAUAAACAAAGGCAUUUUUGACAUGUCAGCGUGCACUUGCCUAGUUCUUACACAAAGUAUUACUUAAUCUGGACUGUGCCUUAUGUUUGUUGAAGUUAGCAUGCAACGUGUACCUUUGGGCUAAAAAGGCUACUGCUUCCCAUAGCACCGUCAAGGUAACAAAACCUCCGUUUGAAAAUCCCCUCAACAUUCACGCUUUCAAGAGGUCUUGGCUACCCAAGACCCAAGAACGGUGAAGGAUAAUGUUAUGUAUCACCAGGGUCUUGUUAAUUCUGGUAGACUAAUAAUAUUUAGUAUAUACUUGGGUGGAACUUAAUUAGAACGCGCGCUCUGAUUGGUUCGCUAUCUCGGAUUAAUGGACAGUAUUCACCGCAAAAAAUCGGAAUGAGUCGAUCUGUGAAGUUACCAUAAAAACUUGCUUUUAGCACCCGAAAUUAUCGAGCUUCACAUUAAAACGGCAUUUUUGCUAAAAUUGAUUUAGAUUUAUUUUCCUUGCGGAAACUCGGUUUCAAAUCCCCGUGUUUUGACAAUUUCCCGCCGAAAUGAUUUUGCAACGUGCUCGACAAAUUCAAAGUUUGCUAAAAUUUCUUUUGCGAUAAACUAAAGCAGCACAUCGUUAGUUUAAACGUAGGAAAACGACAAGUUAAUCACUGUUAAGGCCUGCAUAAUGUAUCACAAACAAAGAGAAGUAUUUUAGUGAAUGUACCUUAAUCCCAAUCUACACUAACAAUUUUUAGUUGACAACUAUAUUUGUUGGCAUCAACACUAGCAAUUUUUCAUGUGACAAUUUUUAAUUGCCGAGAAAAAGCAAACCUGCUAACUUUAAAAUUGCCGACUUUGCUCAAUCGACACUAGCAAAUAAAAAUUGUCAACUAAAAAUUGUAAAUGGGCUUUAUUGUCUUUGAAGGAUUCAUAGUGAAAGAAAUCAUCUCUACAACCAAAUUCGUGAAAACGACGUAUCAAACGGGACUAAACUAGUCUACACAAUAAAUUCGUAUAUUGUC